AGCAGAGCUCCAAUCUCCGGUCAAUUUGUGGGUUGUCCGGAAGUUUUUGUCGAGAAGCUGGCCUUGAAAGUGUGAAAGGGAGAGACAGGGGAAGCUAGUCAUGAGUAGGACGCUGCGCAAGGCGGUGGAGAACGCCAAGCAGAAGAAAGAGUCGGAGAUAAACCUCGUCGAGGAGGGGAUAGCACACCUGGAAGAGGUCCCAGAACUUUUCAUUCUCCACAAUCUGACGAAACUCUGUCUGAGCCACAACAAAAUAACAGAGCUGCCACCAGAGAUAGUGGAGCUAAGAAGCCUGGAAUACCUGAACCUCUUCAACAACCACCUGGAGGACCUCCCCAGUACCAUAUCUGCCCUCCCUCGGUUGAGAGAACUCAACCUUGCUCUGAACAGGCUCUGCGAGCUACCUCGUGGCUUCGGAUCAUUCCCGGCACUAGAAAUUCUCGAUCUCACGUACAACAAUCUGGUGAGCUCUUCUUUCUCCGCCAAUUUCACCUACCUCGGUGGCUGUCUGCGGGCUCUCUACAUGGGCGACAACGAUCUGAAGCAUUUCCCACCUCACAUUGACAAAUUCACUCUUCUGGAAGUGCUGGUUCUGAGGGACAACGCCAUUGUCGAAGUGCCCAAGGAACUGGGGAAGUGUAUCAAGUUAAAGACCCUCCAUCUCCAAGGAAACCAAAUCAUGGCUGUGCCUGUGGAGUUUGGUCGACUCAAGGUGUUUGGCGAGCAGAGGAGUUUCAGAUUGGGCGACAACCCUCUCCUCCCAUCUCUCGCUGAAAAAGUCAAGGCCGGGAACGUCAAGAUAUUCUUCGACUUUCUGAAGACUGAAGAAUACAACUUGAUAUAUCUGAGAUUCCUGGACCGCCACGAGCCGGAGACCAUCAAGAGGGACAAGUCGGGGAAGAAAUGUCGAAAAACUCAAAAACACAAAGUACCGGCUCUCAAGUAUGAAACAAAAUAGUUUUCUUUCCCCGGGCAGUCAAUUCAUCUAGUCUUUCACCGCUUUACGUAGAGAUCACCGUUUACAUGACUUUGUUUAGCUCUUUUUGUCAAUAGUGGAAUUCAAUUGAUAUUAGCAAAACUAAAAUCUUGAGCCUAUUAUACAUAUUCAGAUUUGCAUUCACAUGUAUAUAUACA